AUAAGUGAGGUAUUUUUCCGGUGUCCAUAUGGUCUUGCUGAGAUGACAGCUUCAACUAACUUCACCGCAAUGGAGAGUGUGGUUCUCGUGGCCCCAGUUACUGCUCUAGAGUUCCUCGGUGAAGAAUACCUUCUUGCAGGGGAGGGGCCAGUACUCUCAGUGUACAGUGUCCAGUCUCCAGAGAAACCUAGUGUGUCACUACAUGUACUCCAUCACUACCGUAUCCAUGGGAUACGACCCAGACUGCAGCAGGAGAAUGUGAACACAGUGGAGGGAGAUGCAGCGGCGGCAGAAACAUCGUCACAGGACAAAGAGACCGAGCUAGCCGUUUUUGGAGGAAAAGGGAUACGGCUUAUUAGACUGAGCCCUGGGGGGCGGAGCUUGCACCCAGUCGGUCCCCUUGUGGAGCUCCAGGAUUGGGCACUGGAUGUGCGUUGGCUCGGGGGGAAGCCUUGCUCUCUUUUGGGCGUUUCGUUGGCCCACAAUGCUGUUUUACUCCUGGAGCUAGAAUCAGGGAAUGCUGUGUCCCUCUGCUCCUGUGAAGAGGUGUGCCUCCUUUACUCUGCUCUUCUGAUUGGUCCUUGUUGGGAUACCGCUGUACUUGUGGGCGGGACUGUUUUCAAUCAGUUGGUGUUGUGGAGGCCAGGAAGAACCGAACAGAACGGCCAGUCCCAAGUGGAAAGGCGACUGUUGGGACACAGCGGUGUGAUCUUCAGCCUCGCUUACCACAGACAUUGUGGAUGGCUAGCCUCCGCCUCUGAUGAUCGCAGUGUCCGUGUGUGGAGUGUGGGCAAACUUGGAGGAGAGUGGGGUUGUGGAGAACAGUCGCCCACAUGCCUGCGGGUACUCUACGGGCACCAGGCACGGGUGUUCUGUGUCAGGUUGGCGCAGGGCCGAGUCUACAGUGCCGGGGAGGACGGGGUAUGUCUGCUAUGGGCAUGGGAGGGGGAGGGGAGAGUGGGGCGCAGGUUCAGGGGUCAUCGAGCAGGUGGUGUGAGGGCCUUGGCCAUCAGCGAGGUGGGAGCUGGGAGGGGUUCCUGGGUGGCCACGGGAGGAGCAGACGGAGGAGUGAGGCUCUGGAGGGAAAGGGAGGAGGAGGAGAGUGAAAAAAGUGAGGGGAACGCUCUGGUGGAUCUGAAGUUUAAUGGCACCGGCUGUCCUAAGGUAGUGCGGGUGGUGGGUGUCGGGGAGGGUGUUUUAGGGGGUGUUGUGAUAUGUACUGACCAGGGGGAGGUAUAUUUGCAUCAGGACGGGUGCUGGCAGGUCGUUUGGCAAGGAGGUCCGGAGUUUCACUCGUACUGUGUAAUGGAGGUGCAUUUUGUCAGAGAGCGUGGGAUGGGUUUUGGGGAGUGGAUGUGUGCGGUGGGUAACCUUACUGGAGGAGUGCAGGUUUUCCCCCUGCGUCAGCCCUCUGCUGGCAUCUUACUGAAGGCAAAACAGGGCAAAGUCCACUCCCUUCAGUGGGUAGUUGUGCAACAUGCCUCAUAUCUGCUGGCAUCAGGAGCUGAGGGCUGUGUUUGCAGGUGGAGAAUAGGGCUGGAGCUAAGCGAGUCACGUACGGUUUUGCAGGCUCAGCCGCAACGACCGUUUCUCUUGCCGCCGUGUGCCAAACGAUGGCUGACUGCUGCAGUAUGUCUACCACACAGAGGGGGGCUGUUUUGGGUAUGCGGAGACCGCAGGGGCUCUUUGUUGCUCUACAGAGAGGAGGCUGGGGGCAAGGGCACAGAGGAGAGCUGUGGAGAAGGAGAAAUUAAGAGUGACAAUAAAGUGGCGGUAAACAUGCUAAGUAGGAAUGCUCCGCUGCAGCCCAUCAGCUCUCUGUUUGGCAUUCACGGCAAGCAGGGCGUGACGUGCGUGCGCGAGCGUCAAGGCGCGUUUUACAGCGCGGGGCGGGAUGGAUGCGUGAGGGUCGUGACCAUCAGCAAAGGCACCCUGAAGAUCCGCAGGGUCCAACGGCCUUGCAGGGGCAUGGAGUGGCUGGAGAACGUUCUCUUCUCGGACUCGAAUGGACCAGACCUUCCCAGAGGCAACCUGGAAGCCAGCGAGCGGGAGAAAAAGAACGAAGGAGGGGCGAAAACGGGCGUACUGACGGGGCAGGAUGGGGAGGGAUGUGACAAGGAAUGGACAAAUGAGGAGAACCGAGGGGAGGAAAAGAAAGGGAGACGAGGAGGAGACGAAGGAGAGGGAAACCAGGAACGUGUCGACGAAGCCCGAUUUGUAAUGGUUGGUUUCCACUCCGUUAACUUCAUGGUGUGGGAUCCGCAGAACCAGGAGAAACUGCUUUCUGUCCCCUGCGGUGGAGGGCACCGCUCCUGGGCGUACAGCCCUCUUCCAGACACCUCGACCGACUUUCACACGGAUCCCAAGGCAAACAGCAGUGCGAUUGGACAAGGGGCACUUGUCUUCAUUAAGCAAGGCUCGGUCAUGGCUUCUCAUUCCCCUACCGGUAAGACCGCCGGUCAGAGCGGACUCACCCUGAGAGAGGGGCUACACGGACGAGGGGUGGGUUGUGUGUGUCUUGUUGGCAGCGUUGCGGGGGACAGAGGUGUGUCAGAACAGUGGGACAUACUAGUCACAGGUGGAGAGGAUACUGUUCUUACAGUACUUGCAAUCGAACCACAAAGCGGAAGGGUCAAAGUGCUUGCUCUCAUCACUGACCAUAUUUCGAGUGUCCGGACACUAACGGCUAUUAGAAGAGGAGGGCCUGGAAGUGAUGAACAGACAACCUCCUUUUCAUGUCUCCUGUUCUCAGCAGGGGGGCGAGCACAACUGCAGUGCUACCGGCUGCUGAUUGGAUUUGAUGAGAAAUUUGGUCGCCCUAUGUGUCAGGUGACCCAAAUAGCAGGGCAUCGAUUGGAUGAACAGUGGGAGAGAAAGCGUAACAGACACAAGACUGUGAAAAUGGACCCUGAGACCAGGUACAUGUCCAUGGCAGUGGUGCGUGAUGGGAAAAAUGAAGUCGUCUUAGCCCUGGCCUGCAGUGACGGAGCAGUGAGGCUGUUCGCUGUGAAUGAGUCGACGGGCAGGAUAGAGUUAGUCUGGGAGAAUUUUUACCAUCAGAGAUGCGUGCUCAGUAUCGCCCACUGCUGGGUGGGGGACCAUCACGGCAAGCGAUAUGCACUGUUGUUCAGUUCAGCUACAGAUGGCUCAAUAGCCCUGUGGGAUUUGACAUCAGUGUUAAACAGUGAGAAUAAGGACAGCUGGCAGGGCCCAUCAGCCCCUUAUUUCCUAGUUUCUGUCCACCAAAGCGGGGUAAACACCCUGGCUGUAUCAGAAAUCGAGGGGGCGGGACAGAGGGACGAGGCCGUCGUCUGUGUGGCCAGCGGCGGGGAUGAUGGACAGCUCUCAGCGCUGACCGUAAAGCUGCAGUUCUCAAAGCAAGAGAUUGAAGACAACAGUGUUCAUUUAUCUGCACAGCUGCUGUCUCAGUGGUCUGUGCCUUUAGCCCAUUCUGCUCCAGUGACUGCUGUACACAUGAUUAGCCCCACACUGUUGGUUUCCACCUCACCAGACCAGCGAGUGUGUUUGUGGGGCGUGAGCGACCGUGGUAUCCAUCACCGCGGGGCGGUGUUCUCUCAUACGGCGGAUGCCGCCGGACUUCAGGCGUGGUUAGGGCGGGGGCCGGAAGGCGGAGCCUGGACUGUUGUUUGUGGGCAGGGCUUGCAGCUUUUGAGGUUAAGCGACGGAAAGACAGAAGAACGGAGUGAGACGGACAAAAGAAGUAAAGGAACGGAGAGAAUGAAAGUUAACCUCACUGGCCUUUAUGUCAGAACAUGAUUUGUUGAUAUGUAUUCUGUAAACAAAGACUGUUAUGGUUGUAUGCACAAAAA